UCAGUCCGUGCUCCCAAUAGUCAGCUCUCCCAGACGCCAGCUGUGAUAGAAUUAUAUAUGUAUAUAUGUUAUCUUUUAAUUUAUAAAUAUUCAGUGUAUAAUGAUUCUAAUCAUUAAAGUAUUUUUAGUUGCUAGUUAACUAUGUUUUGAAUAGAGACAUAUAAAUUGUUGUAUAAAUUAUACCAAAUACAAUAAUAUAAAGAAAUAAACCAAUAACAAUAUUAGCAAAUGUAAACGAGUAAAAUGGAACACUGGUAAAUUAUGAAAAUGAAUGGAUCUGGCAAUAUAGUAUCAGAUCAUGCUUUGGUGCUAUCUUCUAAUAAUGGUGAGAAAAAUUCAGAAACAUUAACCGAUAUUGUGGCAACAACAUCCAAAGAAAAUGUUCCCGAAAACUCUGAAGAUGUCUACGACCUUAAAGGAAAAGUUGAAUCGCGAUUAUUAUCGAUGUGGAAUAAUAUGAAAUUUGGAUGGACUGUCAAAUUGAAAACUAAUUUUUCGAAAGAAUCACCAGUAUGGCUUUUAGGUAGAUGUUACCAUCGGAAACUUAGCCCAAGCAGUUCAUUAGAAUCUUCAACUGAAGUUGGAACAGAAGCCACAGCAAAUGACACUGUGGAACAAAUUUAUGGUGAAGGUAUAGAAGGCUUUAAGUCAGACUUUAUAAGUCGAAUGUGGAUGACUUAUAGAAGGGAAUUUCCUACUAUGUCUGGAUCAUCAUUUACUACUGAUUGUGGUUGGGGCUGUAUGCUGAGAAGUGGGCAGAUGAUGUUAGCACAGGCAUUAGUUUGCCAUUUUUUAGGCCGGUCAUGGCGAUGGACACCUGAGAAACCUAUUCAAAAUGCUAGAGAAUUUCAAGAGGAUUGUCUUCAUCGUAUGAUCAUUAAAUGGUUUGGUGAUAAAUCAUCUGUAAAUAGCCCUCUUUCAAUACAUCAAAUGGUCAUAUUAGGAGAAGCUUUGGGUAAAAAAGCUGGUGACUGGUAUGGACCUGCUUCUGUAGCUCAUUGUUUAAAAGCUGUAAUGGUUGCUGCUUCUAAAGAAAAUUAUGAAUUUGAUAAGUUAGAUGUGUAUGUAGCUCAAGAUUCAACUAUUUACAUACAAGAUGUAUACUCAUUAUGUAAACUAUCAAAUGGAUCAUGGAAAUCUCUUAUUCUUUUGGUGCCCGUAAAGUUAGGAACUGAAAAAUUUAACCCUAUUUAUGGGCCAUGUUUAACAUCUCUUCUUACGUUAGAGUUUUGUAUAGGGAUAAUAGGUGGAAGACCAAAGCAUUCCCUUUAUUUUGUUGGAUAUCAAGAUGAUAGGCUGAUUCAUUUAGAUCCACACUAUUGUCAAGAAAUGGUUGAUGUGUGGCAACCUAACUUUUCACUUCAAAGCUUUCACUGCAGAUCUCCACGAAAAAUGCCAUUAAUAAAAAUGGAUCCUUCAUGCUGUAUAGGUUUUUAUCUUCCAACUCAGAAUGAUUUUGAAACUUUUAUUAAUAUUAUUGGAUCAUUUUUAAUACCACAAGGUGUUUCUACGAAUAAUGAAUAUCCAAUAUUCUGCCUGCACCAUGGGACACGAAGUAGUGUUAUGAAUCAACCUAAUGUUCGGUUCUCUAUCUAUGAGACAGAGAAAAAUUGGGUAACACCUAUUCAAGACAGUGACACUGACAUAGAAUCAGAAGAAUUUGUUUUAGUGUAAAUAUGAUUUAACAAGACUUUUUUUUAAUACAGUUAUUAUUGCUUAAAAUUAGAGAUUUGUACAUAAUUAUUUAUAAAUAAGUUAUAACAGCUUGAUUCCUUAAUAUACAUGACUGAAUUACUGCACUGCCAUAAUACAAUUACAAUAUGUUACCUAUUUGAUUUGUUUGAAUCCACAAACAUUUUUGUGCUGUACCAUUUCAUAAUACAUAUGUCUUGGACUUUAUUUUCAAUGUAAUCCUUUAUGUGCAGAGACAAUUUAAAACAAUAAAGAUGUCAAACAUG